UCCAAUCUCGGCACAAUAUUUUGUUAUCUCGAAUCUGCACUCUCCAAUCAGUGAAAGAAGACAGGCGCCCUAUUUUGCGGCCGACUGUAAUGGGAAGAUUGUUCAACCAAUUUCAGGACAAAAAGUGGCUGUGAAGAACACGGUUUGGCUGCAGCAGAUCCACAGAGAGGAGCCUGUUCACAUUUCACCGCUGGUGCAAGACAAUGGAGACAGAAAUCGAGCAGCAGGAAGAAGAGACCACGUUCAGCAACACUGACACUAACGGUAAACGCCCUGCCGAGGACAUGGAUGAGGAGCAGGCCUUCAAGCGCUCUCGCAACACAGACGAGAUGGUUGAGCUGCGGGUACUGCUGCAAAGCAAAAAUGCUGGCGCCGUUAUCGGAAAGGGUGGCAAGAAUAUAAAAGCCUUACGCACAGACUACAAUGCCAGUGUAUCAGUCCCUGACAGCAGUGGCCCAGAGCGGAUCCUGAGUGUGAGUGCAGAUAUUGACACUAUCGGAGAGAUUCUGCUGAAGAUCAUCCCUACUCUGGAAGAGUACCAGCAUUAUAACGGGAUUGAUUUUGACUGCGAGCUGCGUUUGCUGAUCCAUCAGAGUUUGGCCGGGGGAAUCAUCGGGGUGAAAGGUGCCAAGAUAAAGGAGUUAAGAGAGAACACCCAGACCACCAUCAAGCUGUUCCAGGAGUGUUGUCCUCAGUCCACUGACCGUGUCGUUCUGGUUGGAGGGAAGCCAGACCGUGUUGUUGAAUGCAUCAAAGUUAUCCUGGACCUGGUAUCUGAGGCUCCUAUCAAAGGGCGCGCCCAGCCCUAUGACCCUAACUUCUACGACGAGACGUAUGACUACGGCGGCUUCACCAUGAUUUACGAAGAGCGGGGCCGGCGACCCAUGGGGGGCUUCCCCAUGCGGGGCAGGGGGGGCUUUGAACGCAUGCCCCCCGGCCGCGGGGGCCGACCUAUGCCCCCCUCCAGACGGGACUAUGACGACAUGAGCCCUCGUCGGGGACCGCCCCCUCCCCUGCCAGGUAGAGGAGGGCGUGGAGGGAGCCGGGCUCGAAACCUGCCCCUCCCCCCACCACCACCCCCAAGAGGAGGAGGGGACCGGUUCUCCCACCAGAGUUAUCACGGCAACAUGGACGACAGACCAAACAGCGACAGGAGAGGAAGACCAGGAGACCGCUACAACAGCAUGAGUGGUGGAUAUGGUGACAACAAUUCUUCGUGGGAGCCCUUUCAGUCUGGUGGCCGAGGGUCAUACAGUGACAUCGGGGGUCCCGUCAUCACAACACAAGUGACCAUCCCCAAAGAUCUGGCCGGCUCCAUCAUCGGGAAGGGUGGCCAGCGGAUCAAGCAGAUCCGUCACGAGUCGGGAGCGUCCAUCAAGAUAGACGAGCCACUAGAGGGCUCAGAGGACCGCAUCAUCACCAUCAAUGGAACACAGGACCAGAUCCAGAACGCCCAGUAUCUACUGCAGAACAGGCAUGUGCUAGCACCCUUUCCUCUUCUCCGGUGAAAGCAGUAUGGUGGAAACCUAUUCAACCCGUCACCUAUCAGUGUGUGAAGCAGUACUCUGGUCGGUUCUUCUAAACAGGAAAGUGGAGUGAAGCCAAACUGCCAUGCGCAUUCUCUCCCUCAGAGCCAACAUUCCCCUGCUUUGGGUAGAUGUGCUCUCCCCCGGUCAUUUAACACACCAUCUUUUAAUUAGAAGAAGUUUGGAAAUUCUCUCAAAGCUGUUGAAUGAAUCCCUGUAUUUUUUUUGUGCUGCUUGUUUUUUUUUCUGGAUUCUUGUGCUGUUCUGUACUUGGAGUAAACUCAUGUGUUCUAUCUCUGCCUCCCCUGAGCCACUCCUCCCCCCAGUCAGUACAGCAUGCAGAAUGUAAUCUUGUUUUGUAAGGAACAUUUUAUGAUUAAAAAAAUAAAUGUA